UUCUUCAGUAACUUCAGAAAGAAAGUUGCAUGAGAUGGAUGGAACGGCAUGAGGGCGUCUGCAAAGCAUGAUACAAAACAAACGACCAUAUCCCCACUAGAUGGCCUUGUCCUUCAACAAACCGGAGCUGUUCACUUACACUGAUUGGAUGGACAUGGGCCAACCUCCUGAAAUCACUAAUAAUCCUCUUAGAGACAACAAAACUCUUACUCGCCCAAUCCGCUGCGUCUUUCCAGUGUGCCCACCCUUUUCUCCUCUCUCCAUUUCCCCUCCCCACGCUUACGAACCCACUGUGUGGAGAGAUUGUAAUCCAAGUGGAUUACACUGUAAAUUGGGUGAUGGAGGAUUGGAUGCUCUGGAAGUGAAUCUCAACUGCAGCAGUGUGCUUGCCAUUCGUUUGAUUUAUAUAUUAUAACUGGGAUUAUUCUGUGCCAAGAACUGUGAAACUUUUGGAGAACACCUUUCAGUUGUGAUGCUUUGCAGAUGACAUGAUGGAGAGACUCUUAAAAUAUUGAUACCGUGUUUAUCUGAUUUUAACAAGAAGGAAGAAGGACCUAAUGAUAACAUUAAGUGGAUUAUUUGGAUUAUCGGUAUCAUCCUGAAUAUGAGAAGCGUUGAUUACUCCAUGCAGCUCAGUGGGAGUUUGAGAAGUUUCUGGAAGAUCUGAGCAUGAUUAGGAGUCUUCUGACGUGGAUCACAAGGCCCUCCAAGAACUUUUGGAUGUGCAAGUUCAGUUGAUGAGGAGCUCAGAAGGGUCGUAAGAGACUUUUGAAACCAUUUAGGCCAACAUGAAUGGAAGAGAGUGGAAUGGAAGUUGGGUUUUAGUCGUCCUACUGGAGUAGUGGAUUCUCAGAAACGUCUUCUCAUGACUUCACCAUACAGAUGUGGCCCUUAAGGAUAGAUGUCAGCAUCAUGUGUCACAUCAGAGGGUCUUCUUGGGUCACAUUCCUCAUGGUCUACACAGGUUGGCUGUGUAUCUUUACGCAUGCUCAAAUGAAGAUUCCACCUGAAACGGUUCAAAAAUGGGCCAUCACCAUUUCAGAGCAAAUCAAUGCCAUUGCAUCAAAAUAUUCAGGAGCUGCUCUAUUACAAAAGAAACUCAAAGAUGUCGAGCCCAUCAUCAGAAUAGAGGACGUGGAUGGAGCUCGAUUAGUGCUGGAAUUUGCAGAAGAAAUUGAGAGGAUGCUUGGCAGCAAGAUGAAGUCUGUGAAGAGGCUCGCAGACACUGCUGAGGAUGCCGACCUGUACCAUGAGUUUAAUGCAUCUCUACGGUUUGACUACUUUAAUGCAUUAUUGGUGAAUACUAUGGAUGAAGAAGGAAAUUUCAUUGAACUUGGAGGCGAAUUUCCGUUGGAGGAGAAUGAACAUUUCAACAAGCUGUCCGUCAACACUUUAAUGAGCGACAUCCAAGUUCCAACUAAUGUCUACAACAAAGAUCCAAACAUUCUUAAUGGAGUGUACAUGUCAGAGGCCUUGAACGACAUCUUCAUCAGUAACUUCCAGAAGGAUCCCACACUCACUUGGCAAUAUUUUGGCAGCUCAACAGGCUUCUUCAGACUCUAUCCAGGAAUCAAAUGGACCCCUGAUCCUAAUGGCGUUGUUGCUUUCGACUGCAGAAACAGAAACUGGUAUAUCCAGGCUGCCACCUCUCCUAAGGACAUCGUCAUUGUGGUUGAUAUCAGCGGCAGCAUGAAGGGUCUGAAAAUGACCAUUGCCAAACACACCAUCAACACUAUCCUGGACACGCUCGGGGAAAAUGACUUUGUCAAUGUUAUUGCAUACACUGAUUAUGUCCGCUACGUGGAGCCCUGUUUUAAAGGAACGUUGGUGCAGGCAGACUUGGACAACCGCGAGCAUUUCAAGCUGCUUGUGGAUGAACUCCAUGUAAAGGGGGAAGCUAAAGUAAAAAAAGCCAUGAAGGAGUCUUUCCGCAUCCUCGCUGACGCCAGAGCAAAUGGUCAGGGCAGCCUAUGUAACCAGGCAAUUAUGCUGAUCACAGACGGAGCCAUGGAAGAUUUCCAGUCAGUGUUUGAAGAGUUCAACUGGCCUGACAGGAAGGUACGGGUUUUUACUUACCUUAUUGGCAGAGAUAUGACCUUCUCAGAAAAUGUCAAAUGGAUUGCCUGCAACAACAAGGGUUAUUAUACUCACGUCUCUACACUGGCUGACGUACAGGAAAAUGUUAUGGAGUAUCUUCAUGUUCUGAGUCGACCGAUGGUCAUCAACCAUGACCAUGACAUAAUCUGGACCGAGGCAUAUAUGGACAGUGUCCUUCCUAACACUAAGGAGCUGUUUAAAAGCAAGGCUCACAGUCUGCUGCUCAUGACGUCAGUGGCUAUGCCAGUGUUCAGUAAGAAGAAAGAAACGCUUUCUCAUGGCAUUCUGCUGGGAGUGGUUGGAACUGACGUCCCCCUGCUGGAAGUUAUGAAACUUGCCCCGCGAUAUAAGCUUGGAGCACAUGGUUAUGCCUUCCUCAUCACAAACAAUGGAUACAUCCUGGCACAUCCUGAUUUAAGACCACUGUACAGUGAUGGGAAGAAGUUGAAACCCAAGCCUAACUACAACAGUGUGGAUCUGUCAGAGGCGGAGUGGGAGGACACUGAGGACAGUUUGAGAACAGCCAUGGUGAAGGGAGAAACUGGUACAAUGGCUUUAGAUGUGAGAGCAGCUGUGGAUAAAGGGAAAAGGCCUUUGUUUCUCAAAAAUGAUUAUUUCUACACAACCAUCAAUGAAACUCCAUUUAGCUUUGGGAUGGUGCUUACGAGAGGUCACGGACAGUACAUGUUCUUUGGGAAUGUUUCCGUAGAGGAGGGUCUUCAUGACCUUCAGCAGCCAGACCUCUCUAUAGCAGAUGAAUGGACAUAUUGCGAGACAGAUAUUGACCCACACCACCGUAAGCUCACUCAGCUCCAGGCUGUGGUCCGAUACCUGACUGGGAAAGAGCCUGACUUGGAAUGUGACGAGAUACUGCUACAGCAGGUUCUUUUCGAUGCAGUGGUAACAGCACCACUGGAGGCCUACUGGACAGCGCUAACACUAUCCGGCCCUGGCGUAGAUGAAGGCAUGGAGUCAGCUUUCCUUGGAACCCGCUCUGGCCUCAUGCGUGUGAUCAGAUAUGCAGGAAGUGAGAAACGUGUGGGAAAGAAGUUCUUGACCCGUGUGGACAAAGAGAACAUCUUCACAGUGGACCAUUUUCCCAUUUGGUAUCGCCUGGCAGCUGAGAACAAACCUGGUCAAUUCUUAUUCUAUGUCCCACAUGAUGAUAUAAACAAAGGCAGGAACACUUUUGUGGCGGUAACAUCUGUGACAGUGACUGAAGGGAAAAGAACAGCUAUUGCUGGAGUUAUUGGAAUGCAAGCAUCCCUGGACCUGCUGGAAAGAGUGUUCUUUUCAAUUGCCAAACAACCAAACACCACAGAUUGCAGUGAUGUGGACGGUAUAUGUCCUCUCAGCUGUGACAGCAUCGAAGUCAACUGUUACCUUGUUGACAGUAAUGGCUUCAUACUGGUCUCAAAGGACAGAGGAGAUGUUGGUAAAUUCUUUGGGGAAAUAGAUGGAUCUGUCAUGGCCCAGUUACUAAAAACUGGCUUGUAUAAAAGGGUGACUCUGUAUGACUACCAGGCCAUGUGUAAGAACACCCAUCAUCACGCUAGUGGAGCUCGACCUCUGCUCAGCCCUUUCUAUGGUCUGCUGGCGAUAAUAAAGUGGUUCUUCUCACAUUUCGUGAUGUUUCUGUUGGAGUUCAACAUCUGCGGACUUUGGCAUAGCGACUAUGUAGUGGAUGCUAAAGCUGGGUUUCAUGCAACACACAAACAGAAGAAGGUGGAACUAAUGCAGCCUUGUAACACAGAGUAUCCCAGUUUCAUGUAUGACACAUCCAUCAGAGAGACCAACAGCAUCAUCAAAUGUGGCCGCUGUCAGAAGAUGUUUGUCCUACAGCAGGUUCCUAACAGUAACCUGGUCAUGCUGGUGGUCCAGGCUGACUGCGACUGCUCCCGACAGUACGCUCCAAUCACACUCAUGCCCAAAGAAGUCAAAUAUAAUGCCACAGUUAAGUGCAACAGGAUGAAAUCUCAGAAGAUUCGCAGACGACCCGAGUCUUGUCACGCAUACCAUCCUCAUGAAAAUGCCAAGGACUGUGGUGGAGCAUGCAGUAUAGCAGUAUCUCUCACACUGUACUUUAUAUGUCUGGCUAUAUCAUUGGCCCUUCAAUGAAUAAUAAAACAUCUAUCUAUCACCGCUAUCCUACAGUGGACCCAAGACACACCAAACAGGACAUUUUUCUGUGGAUCUCUAGCAUGAGGAAUUCAACCAAAAACAGCUUUAUACUACAUAGAAUUUAUUACAGUUUAAAUGGAUAGUUCACCCAAAAAUGAAAGCCAUACCACUUUGGAACUACAUGAAGAAGACUAAAUGAUGAACCAUCUCUUUAACUUGCUUCAUACACAGCAGUUCUGCCCCCUACUGGACUCAUUAUGACACUGCACAGAUGAUAUUUUUCUCAGUGGGAGCGACAGCGAGAGAUAUAAUCUUAGAUUGUCUCGUGUGACUUGAUGUUAUACAUCAGAUCUGCUAUUCUCUUAAUUUUUUUAUAAUAUGUUUAGGAAUACGAUGAAUGUUUUAAAGCAAAUAGAGCAGUGGCAGCUAAACUGCUGUUAAUUUUCAUGAUGGUUGCUACUUAAUGUUUUUCAUUGAGCCACAUUUUCUGAAACUAAUGAAAAAGCAUUUCAUAUGUUGUGUAAGAUGGAUACAGUUGAAUAAUUUUUUAAAACAGAAUUAUAUAUGUGUGUAUUUUAGUAACUAUAUGCUUACUGAUACAAUACCAAUAGUUUUUAAAUAUGGCUUGACAAUGGUUGAAAAAUGUUUUACGAGAGUAAGUACUUACUUGGUGUUUGUGUGAUUAAAAAGUACAGUGUAAAUAAUUUCUGAA